AUGGGCCUCACGAGGCUCUUGCAGUGGCUUAACACCAGCACCUGUUGUGUGUCUCCUCAGACACAAUCACCAUUAAAUAUUGCAAGCAACCUGUUCCAUGCUCUGUUGCUGCUGCUGUGGGAAGCAGCAAAGGGGAGGAACGCUGAUGACGUGACAGGGAUGACAUCUCAAGUUUUUGAAGAAGGCAGCAAAAGGAGUGGUGAUGUGGUAAGCAGGACGAGUGCCACACAGGGCACUGAGCUGGGAAUGUGGUUGGGGAUUGCAGUUCUGGUUUCUCUUGCUGGAUGCUUGGCUGGGGAGGAAGCAACUGAUGAUGAAGGAAUCCCCUGCUCAAAGUACCAGCAAGCUUUCAACCGUUCCUGCUACGAGUUUGUGAGACUCCAGCAAACCUUCACAAGUGCCCAGAGCUGGUGUGAGAGAGGAGGAGGGCACCUUGUCUUUAUUCAAAAUGAGGAAACUCAAGAGUUUUUGCAAAAACAUAUUGCUGAGGAUCAGGAGUGGUGGAUAGGACUGAUCUCAAACUCCUUGCAGAAUGAAACUACUGACGGGUCGAUGAUUUGGCUGGACACUUCAAAUAUAAGCUACACUAACUGGUACAAGGAUCAGCCAUCUUCCAUCUCAUCUACAUGUGGGUACAUCCUGAAGAAUGCCAAGUAUCAGUGGGGUGUGACUGAAAAUUGCAGCCAGGAAUUUGACUUCAUUUGUGAGUUUGAAUCUGGCCAGAGCAUUGCUUGUGAUAAUUACAAUGCCACUGUGCAGUGUGGAUCUGGAGAAGUUAUUCAAAUUGGAGAGAGCUUCUAUGGACGGAAGACCCCUCAUUACUGUGUGUCUGAGACUCCACUCCAGGAGGAUACAGAUGAAGGCUGCAGCUGGAUCAGUGUCAAAGAUGAAGUAGCAGGCCAGUGUCACGGUCUCCAGGCCUGCCAGGUGACAGCAGAUGGCACUUUCUUUGGAGAUCCUUGUCCAGCUUGGGGAAGCUAUUUGUCUAUUCAAUACCACUGCAAGGAAGGUCUGCAGCUGGUUGUGACAGAUUCAUGUUUUGUCUUUGAAAAUAUCACGGUCAGUCUGAACUGGCUGCUCUCACCAUACUCUGGCAACCUGUCCUGUACCAUCAGCACUGGAGAUGGUCACACUAUUGAUCCUUACUACCCUCCAACACUGGUCAGCAACAUCACACACAGAUACUCCUCUCCUGGAGAGUUCACUGUUUUUGUGGAAUGCACCACCAGCGAAUGGCACGUGAUGGCACAGAGGCAGGUGACUGUCCAAGAUAAGAUGGAUCAGCUGAGCAUUACUGGGUGCUACAGCCAGUAUGAAACUGGGAACAGCUCUCACUGCCGUGCACUGUAUGGGGAGGUGUUGUGGAUUCAGGUGGAACUCAAUAGAGGCAGUGGAGUGACCUACAUUAUGUUAGCAGAUAACAUAACACUGGCUGAAUCCAGCAUAAAGGAAGGAAUUGCCCCUCAUAACCUGACACUGGACAGUGCCUCUCAAGAGCUGCUAGGCCCAGGGAUACAUCAGCUGGAAAUCCGAGCGUCCAGCAACACGACGGCGUCGGAGAUCUCCGAGACUUUUGCUGUUCACUUAGUUGAGCCAAUAUCUGGCCUUCAGGCUGCAUUGGCUUCCCACACUCUGCAGCUGGGGGAGAAUUUGGAGGUGAAUGUCUCUGUGUCUCGUGGUGCCCCAGCUGAGGUGACGUUUGAGGUGAUGGGAUCGAACGGAACUCACUCUCACACAGAGGAUGGCCCUCGUGGGGAACCUCGGACGUACGUGGUUCCCCUGCACUCAGAAGGUAUUUUCCUAGUGAAAGUGGUGGCCAAGAAUGCCUUCUCAAACAUGAGUCUGGAUCUUGGAUUCAUCACUGUGUUGGCAAACACUUCCCAUAAAAAAGGUAAUGGCAUUAAUCUGACAGUGCUGGUUUUGACCACACUUUUUGCAGUCAGAGCCCUUAAUGGAAUAUUUAUGGAUCACAAAAGAGAACCCAAAAUCUAUGUUAAACCAAGUCGCCACGUGGAUCCUUUCACAACUGUUACACUUGGCUGGCCAGACAACAACAGGAAUUCCAGUUUUCUCUGGUCCUGUGGAGCUUGCUGGCCUGCAUGGAAUGAAUGUGUGCUGCAACAGAUAAUCCUAACCAACCAAUCUGAGGUGCAAAUCCCACCUUCCUGCCUUCCUCCUCCGAAAUCAGCAGUGACUGUCAGGAUUACAGUCCGAAACCACGGCAGUGAAGAGAGGCAGGACGAGCAGUGUCUCUAUGUGACUGCAAAACAAGAACUGCAACUGGAAAUCAGGUGUGAGGCAAACUGCAAACCAGUGAAUAUUAGCAAUGAAAUUGUUUUGAGUGUCUCUGGACAGAAGGACUCCCAGGCCAUACAUUAUAACUGGUAUUUGGAUAACACAUCCCAAAUCAAGUCUACAACCCUCCCUCUGGCCUGUGGCCUGACUGGUUUCCGGCAGAACUCUUUGAAUUUGCUUCAAAGCAACACAUCCGUGUUGAGAAUGAACAGCUCCUUCUUGCAGACACAGGGAGAAGCUUUUCAGAUUAAAGUAACAGCAGUGACUCAGCGCCGCUACGGGGAGGGGAUGUACCUUGUCAGCACCGUGCCCCCGCCCGGCAUCCCCGCCUGUGCCGUGUCUCCCGAGCAGGGAUCCGUGCUCACCACCUUCAGAGUCUCCUGCAGCGCUCCCGGCUCGGUGGGUUCAUCCCAACCCAGUCCCAACAGGCAGCUCACGUACUGCUUCUACCUGAAACCAAAUUCUCUCCUGGACUGCAGCCCGGAUCCUGAACUCUUCCCAGCCUAUCUUCCACUUGGAGAAGAGGAAAAUAAUUUUAUUGUACAUGUGACAAUCACUGUUAGCAACAGCUUUGGUGAUACAGUUCAAACAAAUGCUUCAGUGAAGGUCAGACCUGCAGAUGGGAUGGAUGGGAACCUGACCCUGCAGGGCAUGGUAUCUGAGAAGGCAAACACCAUCCUAAAAGAUGGGAACAACAGCAUGAGCCUUUUCCAGCUGUACAAAUCAGUGACAUCUGUCCUUAACCAGCAGACCCAAGAGGAAAGCUUUAACAUGUCUUUGCAGACAAAUACACGAAAAGAGCUCCGAGGGCUGAUGCUGACAACUCUCUCUGCUGUUAAUGUAACAUCAAUGCAGGCUGCUCUUAAGAUGUCAGAGGUGUUGAAAGAAAUCACUUCCAAGAGUGAAGAGCUGUCUGUCUCAGCACAGGUGGAAGCCAGCAACACUCUGAAAGAUGUCAGUGCUUCCUUGCUCACUGUAAACCCAGAGGACAGCAGAGAUGAUCAGAACUUAAAGGAAGCAGCCAACCAUCUAUUUAAUGCAGUCAGCAACGUCCUUAAAGCUUCUCUUGAUGAUUCCAAGUACCUUUGUUGCAAGUUUCCUCCUCUAAUCCUUUCCCAGAUUUCGGUGUCACACCAGCUCCUGAGUACAGUGGAAAAUCUCCAGAGUGCCCUCCUGUUUGGGAAAGCCCCGGAUGAUGAACCUACAGUGCUCACCACUCCUUCUGCCACAAUGUACACGCACAGAUUACAAACAGAAAACAUGGAUGGCACAUCCAUUAACAUCUCCAAUUCCAGCUCUGCCAGCUUUACUCUCCCACCUGCUUCCUCUCUCAGUGUUUCAGGACUUGAUGAUGAAACAGUGGAUAUAAGGAUGGUGAGCUUUGCUGUGAACCCCUUUUUCUCCAGUGACACCAGUUUUGACAUCAGUGGAACAGUGGGGGGUCUAAGUCUUACUGGUCUGGACGGCUUGAUCAUACCAGUCAGCAACCUCAAAGAGAACAUUGAAAUCAUGUUACCAAGGCUUUCAUCAACUCAGGAAGAUAAGAUUCUGUUGAAUCUGGGCAAUUAUAGCACUUUCCAAGUCAAUGUUACCUCAGAAAACACAUCUAUAGUGAUCUACCUGGAAUCUGAACACAACAUUCCACUAAUACUCCACUUGGGGUACGGUUAUCACCCAAAUGAGACUAAUUAUGAUAUGAGAAAACAUCUGUUCUCUAAGAAAGCUGCUGGAGGUGAGACAAACACCUGGGUUCUUAGCCCGGAAGAACUCAUUUUUGGAGAAGGAACCUACUAUUUCAUGGUUUUGCAAGAUAUGGGAAUGGAUUCCAAAGUCUAUGCUGGGCUAACCAUAGGUGUCACUUGCUUUGCAUCCCGCUGUGUAUUUUGGGAUGAGCGCCAGGGGAGCUGGAACAGCUAUGGAUGUCAUGUAGGACCAAAAACAAAUCCUAGAAGCACACAGUGCCUGUGCAACCAUCUGACUUUCUUUGGGAGCUCCUUCCUUGUCAUCCCCAAUGCCAUAGAUGUCAGCAAAACUGCACAGCUAUUUGGUACAUUUGUGGACAAUCCUGUGGUGGUGACAACUGUAGGAUGCAUCUUUCUGAUAUAUGUGCUCGUAGUUAUUUGGGCUCGAAGGAAAGACAUUCAGGAUGAUGCCAAAGUGAAAAUCACAGUCCUGGAAGACAAUGACCCCUUUGCUCAGUAUCGGUACCUGGUGACAGUUUUCACAGGACACCGCCGUGGCGCAGCCACAACCUCCAAGGUGACUCUCACCCUCUGUGGAAUGGAAGGAGAGAGUGAGCCCCACCAUCUAACUGAUCCUGAUACACCUGUGUUUGAACGUGGAGGAGUGGAUGUUUUCCUUCUCUGUACCUUCUUCCCUCUUGGGGAACUGCAGAGUAUUAGACUGUGGCAUGAUAACUCAGGGGACAGCCCGUCCUGGUAUGUGAAUCGGGUAUUAGUCCAUGAUCUGGCAUGGGAUCAGAAAUGGUACUUCCUCUGUAACUCCUGGCUAGCCAUUGAUAUUGGAGAAUGUGUCCUAGAUAAAGUGUUCCCGGUAGCUACAGAACAGGACAUGAAGCAGUUCAGCAAUCUGUUUUUCAUGAAGACCUCCAGGGAUUUCCAGGACGGGCACAUCUGGUACUCUGUUUUCAGCCGCUCCCCACGAAGCUCCUUCACGCGCGCCCAGCGCGUGUCGUGUUGCUUCUCCCUGCUGCUGUGCACCAUGCUGACCAGCAUCAUGUUCUGGGGUGUGCCAAAGGAUCCAGCUGAGCAGAAAAUGGAUCUGGGUAAGAUCGAGUUCACAUGGCAGGAAGUGAUGAUUGGCUUUGAGAGCUCCCUCCUCAUGUUCCCCAUCAACCUGCUCAUUGUGCAGAUCUUCAGAAACACACGACCCCGGCCAGCCAAGGAGGGGAGACAGAGGAAGCCGGGGAAGAAUGGCCGAGUGUCCCCAAGCGUACCCCUCACCCCAGAGGUCACCCAGGCUGCCUCGCUCACUCCAGAGGCUGUGACAAAGGACAUAAGAAGAAUUGCCAACUCACUCUUGAAAGUCCUGAAGACUGCACCUCUCACCUCAGCAUCAGAUCUUGGAAAAGCAACAAACAUCAACUCGCUUCUGUCAUUGGUUGAGGACAUCAUCUGCCAGCAGAACAGAGCUGGGCAAGGGUUUUAUGAUGGCAGCAAGAAGGAUGGCCCUAUAAUUGUCACUUUAGGUUCUAUGGAUGUGCAAGAAAAAACAAGAAGCCCAAGUCCAGAGAAGAGAAUUUGUGAGCGACCGAAAUACAGUGAUUACAGUCGCUGCUUGUACACACAACUCCAGCAUGUGGAGAUGGAGCUGGAAUUACUGGGGCCCCAUAAAUUCCAGGUGCCUCAGAGUUACACACAAGCUGUUCAUCAGGUUCAGCACAUGAAGAACCUCCUGGAGCCCCGAAUGUGCUCGUCAGCAUCCACCAGUGAGGGGUGGUCCCUUACUCCAAACUUCUCCGGUGAUGACAAGAAGAAUGUUUCUUCCAAAGGACUGCCCUGGUGGUUUGUGUUCAUCGGGUGGUUCCUGGUGGCAGCCACCAGUGGUGUGUCCGGGUUCUUUACCAUGCUCUAUGGGCUGCACUAUGGCAAGGAGAACUCCAUCAAGUGGCUGAUCUCCAUGGUCAUCUCCUUCUUGGAAAGUCUUUUCAUCACACAGCCCUUAAAGGUGCUGGGAUUUGCUGCUUUUUUUGCUCUGGUUCUGAAGAAGGUGGAACACGAGGAUGUAGAAAACCCAGCUAUUGAUGGGCCUUUAUCUGCACCAGGUGAUUCACACCCUCUCUUUGGAGCCCGAAGGGACAGUAGAAGCAACAUUUAUCGGCCACCUCCUGCAGCUGAUGUGGAAAAAAUGAAAAUCAGCUGCAUGAAGGAGCAGAAAGCAUUUGCCCUCAUCCGAGAAAUCCUGGCCUAUAUUGGGUUUUUAUGGAUGCUGUUACUGGUUGCCUAUGGGCAGAGAGAUCCCAAUUCCUACUAUUUGAACAAACACAUUGAGGACAGCUUUACAGCUGGAUUCCACGAUGUCUACAGUUACCAGGAUUUCUUCACGUGGGCAAACACCACCUUACUCAAAAACCUUUAUGGAUCAUAUAAAGGAUUCAUUACAGAUGGCAAUUCCAAGCUGGUGGGGAGUGCUCGAAUUCGCCAAGUAAGAGUGAAAGGAGACACCUGCCCUAUUUCUCCCAAACUCCAGCAUGUAGUUGAGGAAUGCCAUGCUCCAUACUCCCUGCAGACAGAAGAUACAGCAGUUUAUGGGGAACACUGGAAUUCUUCAGUCUUUGAUAACUCCUCUGACCUGAGCUCAGCAUGGCAGUAUCAGAGUCAGUCCAAACUGAGAGGGCAGCCCAGCUGGGGUAAACUGGCCACCUACAGUGGAGGGGGAUACGUGAUUCACCUGGGAACUGAUCCUGGGAAUGCCUCCAGAAUUCUCCAAUACCUUUUCAACAAUGUCUGGCUGGACACCUUCACCAGAGCAGUGUUUGUUGAAUUUACAGUCUACAAUGCCAAUGUGAACCUGUUCUGCAUUAUAAGCCUGAUGUUUGAGAGCAAUGCUUUGGGGGCCUUCUUCACAAGUGCAGAGCUGCAGAGUGUCCGGCUUUACCCCUACACCAACAGCCUCCACAUCUUUGUGGUUGCAGCAGAAGGGAUUUAUUUCCUCUUUAUUGUGUACUACAUGAUAGUACAGGGGAAACUGAUGAAGAGUCUGAGAUGGAGAUAUUUCCACAGCAAGUGGAAUCUCCUGGAGAUGGCCAUUAUAUUGAUUAGCUGGAGUGCUCUGUCAGUGUUUGUGAAGAGGACAAUCCUUGGGACCCGGGACAUCAGUUACUACCAGGAACACAAAGAGAACUCUGUGAGCUUCAGCGAGACAGCGAGAGCUGAUGCAGUUCUUGGCUACCUGAUCUCGUUCCUGGUGCUCCUCUCCACAGUGAAACUGUGGCACCUCCUCAGGCUCAACCCUAAACUAAACAUGAUCACCUCAACACUGAGGAGGGCAUGGGGUGACAUCUCUGGAUUCAUCACUGUGAUUGCAAUCAUGUUCCUUGCCUAUUCCAUUGCUGCAAACCUGAUAUUUGGCUGGAAGCUCUACUCUUACAAAACUCUCUUUGAUUCAGCAGAGACCAUGGUCAGUCUUCAGCUGGGAAUCUUCAACUAUGAAGAGGUCUUGGACUACAAUCCAAUUUUAGGCUCCUUCUUAAUUGGAUCCUGCAUCAUUUUUAUGACAUUUGUGGUACUGAAUCUGUUCAUUUCGGUGAUUCUGGUUGCUUUUAGUGAGGAGCAGAAGCACUACCAGGCUUCAGAAGAAGAGGAGAUUGUUGAUCUAAUGCUAAUGAAACUCUUCAGUUUCUUCGGGAUUAAAUGCAAGAAGGAAGAGAAGCCAGUCACUGACGGGCAGCUGGAGCAACCUGUCAGCGAGUGAACGACGACCACAUUGAAAAGUCACUUUGCUUGUGGGCAAAAUAUUUACUCGUCCGCUAUCAGCUGCAGU